AAAAGAAGAAGAAGAAGAGCCCGGAAGUUACGUUGAUGUGUACACGCCGCUUUGAGCAGAGCUAGUGUUAGCUAAAGUUAGCUUUUAUUUUCAACUCGAACGAUCACACUAUCGAAACAAGAUAUGCCUUCCUUAAACGGAAAACCGGAUGUUAUGUUUGAGGACGAUGAUCUUCCGUAUGAAGAGGAGAUUAUUAGGAACCCUUACUCCGUCAAGUGCUGGAUGCGUUACAUUGAAUUCAAACAGAAUGGAUCAAAGUCUACCCUCAACAUGAUUUAUGAGCGGGCUCUCAAAGAACUACCUGGCAGCUAUAAGCUGUGGUACAAUUACCUGCGAGAGAGGCGGAAGCAAGUCAAGGGGAAAUGUAUCACUGAGCCAACCUUUGAAGAGGUCAAUAAUUGCCAUGAAAGGGCACUGGUGUUCAUGCACAAGAUGCCUCGAAUUUGGCUUGAUUACUGCCAGUUCCUUGUUGGUCAGUGCAAGAUCACAAGAAGUCGGCAAACAUUUGACCGUGCACUCAGAGCACUUCCUGUAACUCAGCACCCACGAAUCUGGCCUCUGUAUCUGCGCUUUGUCCGCAACCUGCCCCUGCCAGAAACAGCCAUCAGGGUGUACCGCAGGUACCUUAAGCUUUCUCCAGAGAAUGCAGAGGAUUACAUAGACUACUUAAGGUCUGUUGGACGCUUGGAUGAGGCAGCUGUGCGGCUAGCAGCUGUUGUCAAUGACGAAAGCUUUGUGUCCAAAGAGGGCAAGUCCAACUACCAACUGUGGCACGAGUUAUGCGACCUGAUCUCUCAGAACCCUGAUAAGGUGACCUCUCUGAAUGUGGGAGCCAUCAUCAGAGGAGGCCUCACUCGCUUCACAGACCAACUUGGAAAACUCUGGUGUUCUUUAGCUGACUAUUACAUCAGGAGUGGUCACUUUGAGAAGGCCCGUGAUGUGUAUGAAGAGGCUAUCCUGACAGUAGUAACAGUGAGAGAUUUCACACAAGUGUUUGAUAGUUAUGCCCAGUUUGAAGAGAGCAUGAUCGCAGCAAAGAUGGAGACUACUGCUGAGAUGGGGCAGGAUGAAGAGGAUGACACUGACAUGGAGCUUAGACUAGCCCGCUUUGAGCAACUGAUAGCCCGGCGUCCCCUCCUUCUGAAUAGUGUACUGCUUCGACAGAACCCACAUAAUGUCCAUGAGUGGCACAAGCGUGUAAAACUCUACGAGGGCAAUCCACGGCAGAUUAUCAAUACAUACACGGAGGCCGUACAGACUGUGGAUCCAAUGAAGGCAACAGGAAAGCCUCACUCUCUCUGGGUUUCAUUUGCCAAAUUUUAUGAGGAAAAUGAGCAACUGGAUGAUGCCAGGACCAUUUUUGAGAAGGCUACCAAGGUGAACUACAAGCAGGUGGAUGACCUUGCUGCAGUGUGGUGUGAAUAUGGAGAGAUGGAGCUUCGGCAUGAAAACUAUGAUCAAGCACUGCGCAUACUGAGGAAAGCUACAGCAAACCCGUCCAAGAAAGCUGAGUACUUUGAUGCAUCUGAGCCUGUCCAAAACCGAGUCUACAAGUCCUUGAAGGUCUGGUCUAUGCUUGCAGACCUGGAGGAGAGCCUGGGCACUUUCCAAUCUACAAAAGCUGUGUAUGAGCGCAUUAUUGACCUCCGCAUUGCCACACCGCAGAUCAUCAUCAAUUAUGCCAUGUUCCUUGAAGAACACAACUAUUUUGAGGAAAGCUUCAAAGCAUAUGAGCGGGGUAUUGCUCUCUUCAGGUGGCCGAAUGUUUAUGACAUCUGGAACACUUACCUCACCAAGUUCAUUGAUCGUUAUGGUGGCAAGAAGCUGGAAAGAGCAAGAGAUUUAUUUGAACAAGCCCUGGAUGGUUGCCCUGCUAAGUUUGCCAAGACCAUCUAUCUGUUGUAUGCCAAGUUGGAGGAGGGCUAUGGAUUGGCACGACAUGCCAUGGCUGUCUAUGAACGAGCCACACAGGCCGUAGACACUGGGGAGCAGCAUCAAAUGUAUAAUAUCUACAUCAAGAGAGCAGCUGAAAUUUAUGGAGUCACAUAUACCAGAGCAAUUUACCAGAAAUCUAUUGAGGUCCUUCCUGAUGAGCAUGCGAGGGAUAUGUGUCUGCGAUUUGCUGACAUGGAGAGUAAACUGGGUGAGAUUGAUCGGGCGAGAGCAAUCUACUCCUACUGCUCGCAAAUCUGUGACCCGAGGGUGACAGCACAUUUCUGGCAGACGUGGAAAGAAUUUGAGAUCCGCCAUGGAAACGAGGACACUAUUAGAGAAAUGCUGAGGAUCAAACGCAGUGUCCAGGCCACAUACAACACGCAGGUCAACUUUAUGUCCUCUCAGAUGAUGAAGGCCAUAACAAGCUCCACAGGCACUGUGUCAGAUCUUGCUCCAGGCCAAAUGGGAAUUGAUGAUAUGAAGAUGUUGGAGCAGAAAGCACAGCUGAUUGCUGCGGAGGCUGAACAGGAUAAACCAAAGCCCAAAGAGAAGAUUCUGUUUGUCAGGAGUGACACCUCUCGCAGUGAGUUGGCAGAGCUUUCUAAACAAGCCAAUCCAGAUGAAAUUGACAUCGAUGACGAGGAUGAUGAUGACAACCAGGGACCAGAAGAGGUGCAACUUGAACAGAAGAGUGUACCCACUGCUGUCUUUGGAGGUCUUAAAGAGGAUUGAACUCUCACAGCUUCAUCACUGAAUUAAGUGAAGAGACUUUCUUCAGCUCACUCUUAUACACAUUGAAUCGGCUCAUUUUUAAAAUAAAAUAAAAAACAUUAUUGCGCUUGUGCUUACUAAAAAAUAAAUGUAAAAAAUUUGAGCCUGUUUUAAUAUCUGCCAUAGAUAGUCAGUUUCUCUCAAGUAUGUAGCUCAUGAUACAUGUGAUUGAGUAUAUUUUUGUUAUUAAAUACUGAUAUCAGCUGUAACUGAGGUCUUCAGCUCUCUUUCCAAACAUUAUUUUGUAGGAAUUGACAGUGAAAACACUUUUGUCAUGAAGCGCUGCCCUUGAACGACUGUAUGAGGACAGCAUCUUUUGCAAAGGUGUUCAUUAGAAAGUGAACAGACAGAAUAAUAGGAGCCCUGUUGCUUUUUUUUAAAUAAGUGAAAAUCCAAUUGCUUUGCAUUUAAUGGUCAUUUACAAAAGUUAAUUUUUCCAUUAUUGUAAAAGUAGCUUGUGUUUACUUGGCUCACUGAUUAGGUGUUCAUUAUUUACUGGCACUUCUCAAGUUGACAGACUGGCCUCUUUCAAUCUUAAAAUCUUCUUUAAUGUGAAAUGUAAUAGAAAUGGAUGUACUUCUCUUUAAUGCCUUGACUUUUAUCUGACACUUGGAAUGGGUUUGUUUUCUUCUAUAAACAUUUGAAUAAAUAUGAACUUGGCAUUCAAGUCUCAUACUGCUGAUGUAACAUUUA